CAUGACGUUGAAUACGGAAAGAAUUAGAAGGGGGAGAGUCACAGAGAAAAGACCUUCAAAGGGCAGUUUUGGAGUUAUAACAUCAUUAAGAUCAUACAUAAGCUGAACUGAUUUGUGAGAACGACAGAAACUGGGAGAGCUCAGUGAAGGCAUUUUAUGUUAAAACAAAAACAUACAAAUCCAAAUAUAAUGCAGAGACCAAGACAAAUGCAGAGACUAUUGUUUCUGCUCCUGGCUCAACUUUUAAAAGUUGUUUUUUGUGAUACAAAUGAAGGACCUGAACAUGAACGAAGACAUGGAGGUCCGACACUUGGACAUUGGACCUAUACAGAUCAAGACUGGAAGAAAGACUUCCAACAAUGUGAAGGGAAAUCACAAUCUCCUAUCAAUAUUGAAACCAGCAAAACCAUGUUCAAUAAAAAUCUUCCUAAAAUCAUUCUUGAGGGAUACAGUUUACCAGAAACAACUUCACUCAAUUUAACUAAUAAUGGACACACAGUUAAACUUACCCUCCCUGACUCGAUGAGCAUAAGCAGUGGGUUCUCACAGAAAUAUUUAGCAGCUCAGCUGCAUUUUCACUGGGGAUCAGUAAGCUCAUCAGGAUCAGAGCACACAGUGGAUGGUACCCGGUACGCUGCUGAGAUGCACGUUGUUCAUUAUGCUGCCAAAUAUGGAAGUUUAAGCACUGCAGCACUGGAAGCAGAUGGUCUUGCUGUUCUGGCAGUACUGUUUCAGGUGGGACCAAAUGAUAAUAAAAAUUACAAUCACAUUUUUGAUAAACUUCAAGACGUUUCUGAAGAAGGUGUCAUAGUGCAGAUUCCUGGUUUUGAUGUGAACACUUUGUUACCCCGUCAACUGUAUCGUUUCUUCCGAUAUAAUGGAUCCCUGACAACUCCACCCUGUUUUCAGACUGUUACCUGGACUGUUUUCAAUGACACCAUCCAGCUUUCAAAAGCACAGCUGCACAAAUUAGAGACCAAUUUAAAGACGGGCCAUCACACGUUGGAUUCAAACUUUAGAUUUGUCCAGCCACUCAAUGGAAGGAAAGUGUUUGCUUCUUUUUCAGCAACGUUGGCUUCAAGAAGAAUGGUUACUAAAGAGGACACUGCUGAAUCAGGUGGAGAUGACAAAUCAGGCUCAGAACUUAGAGAACCAAAUGCAUACAGUACUCACUCAGGUGAUACACUGGCAAUUAUAUUUGGGAUCCUGUUUGGAUGUACUGUUCUGGUUUUUGUAAUUUAUGUGUUGCGGCAAAGAAAAAGACGAAGCUUAAAUACUGAAAGUGGGCAGAAGGUGAUUUAUAAACCAACUACUACAAUGGAAGCAUGAGAUUGCAGUGAAUAACUACUUCUUCAAAAUCUGGAAGUAAAACUGGCUGAUAGAACAGAAGUUAUUGAUUUCUAGAGAACGAACUAUUUGUUUAUUCUCUGCCAUCAUCAGAUGUGGUUCAGUUAUAAAUUGCUUCUAUAUACAUACGACUAUAUAUACAGACUAUAUACAGACUAUAUAUACAUAGUCCUGUUCAGUACUAAGAGAAAAAGUUGCAACAUCACCUGUUGUGAUCUGAGUGCCAAGGAAAAAAUAUAGGGUACCUAGUUGAAGCCGAGUUUACCAUUCAGAUCUACAUACCUCCCCACAGCCCAGCCCCCUGUUAAGCCAAUUAUGAUCAGGUAUUUCUUAUGCUAUGGGGUUAUGGUCAUGGGUUUGGAGAGUGGGUGCCUUAUCUGCAUUGGAGUAAAAUGGCCACUGUAAGUUGCCCCUCGUGUGUAGAUGGAUGGUAGAAUCUGGGGAUGGAGGCAGUUAAUGGGAAUGUGGGAAAAAUAAAAUAGGUUAAGUUAAGUCUAGUAUAUAAAUGGGUGCUUGAUGGUUAGCAUGGUCUUGAUAGGUUAAAGGGCUUGUUUCCAUGCUGUAUAUCUUUGACAGUAAAGAGUUAAAGCAGUAUAGCAGUAAAUUAGGAAUGGAGACUCAAGAGACUACAGAUAUGGAACCUAAAGCAAAAAGUUCCUGGAGGAACUCAACAGGUCAGGAGGCAUGCGUGGAGGCAAAGGGAUAGUCAACAUUUUGGGUCAGAUCCUGCAUGAGUCCUGAUUCAAGGUUUCGACCUAAAUUGUUGAUUAUCCCUUUGCUUCCACUGAUGCUGUCUGACCCGCAGAGUUCUUCCAGCAGCUUAUAUUUUUACAGCAGUGAAACAAUUCUACUAAGUUUACUGAGUUUUCAUAUACUAGAAGGAUGUUAAAUAAUCUUGAUCAGUUGUAUUGUAGUUAAUCAACUUCAAGUGAAUUACUGAAUGCUUAUCUAUACUUUUUCUAUUUUAUAUGUGUAUUCUAUUCUCAAUGACAUAGGAAGUCAGACAUAUUAUUGAUAAUUGUGGGAAAAGGAAUGUGGCUAAACAGUGUCUGGCAGGGAAAAUUGGAUGCUGUGGCGGAGGGAGUUGCAUAGAUAAAUAUUUAUUGAACUGAUCAGUACUAACCUAUGUGCAAAGAAUUGACAAGAUUGACACAGAGAAGGUGUUUUAACAGCAUUAUUGCAGCCGAUGUUUCUGUUACUGUGUAAAAUAAGAUGUUUUUUUGGAGUCAUGGAAAACUGUAAUUUCAAAUCAGGAGAUAAGACUCUGGGUCUUAUGCCUUCAGGGAAAUACUACAAUAUUUACAUUACCUAUACAGUGGUGUUUAUGUCAUAAAGUCUCGAUGGAUUUCAUAACUUUAUCUGGACCAGGAAACAAGUUGACCAUAAGCCUGAUCACAAAUGCAGAUUUAAAUAAGGUUUAUAAAGAGCAAGGGAAAGUGGUCUACCGAUAAUUUUAAGAGAGGGUGAUCUAGAGAGUGGGACCAAAAUGGCUGAAGGCUUGGCACUCCGGUGGGGUGAAAGGACCAAAGAGAUUGUUGGGUAGAUUCAAGGCUGGCAGAAGUUGGCAACAUAGGAUGAGGCAUUUCCUGGAGGGAUUUAAAGACAAGGGUGAAGACUUUGAAUUUAUAAUACUGGGGGACAGGAACCUAGUGCACAGCAAUUAAGAUUGGUGUGAUGGGUUGGACUGAAUAGGACUAGCUUUAACCUAGUUUCCACUAAUAUGUGAAAUUACUUCCACAAUUUGUUACUUUGCAUGGAUUUUACUUUGCAAGGGCAUAUUAAAGAAAAUAUUUCUAAGCACUGCAUCAAAAUUAAACAAAGGAAUGGAUCUGAUUUCAAAGUAUGUCUUGGCAAUAUUAUUGACUGUGGUUGA